UUAUUGGAUUCCAUGUUAAGUCUAAAUUAUGUUACAGGCACAAGCUCUUGGACGAGCGGUCCAUGUUGACGAGGUCUUUGCACAGACCCAUGUUCGGAAGGGCACUAAUGAAUUCGUUGAUGAAAGGUCUCGCAAGACUCAUGAAGAUUUUUCUAUGAGACUUUCACAGGUUAGAUCCGAACAUGGGUCAGCUCCUACACCGGAUGAUACGAGUAAUACAGAUGACGACAUCCGUAGGACACAGUGCUGGGUCGAUGUCGUUGGUGGGAAGAAAAAGGGACGAGUCUACGGUGCAGGACAACUUGCUGCAAACUAUACAGCAUCGAAAGGAGGUACACUGAAGCAUCAACCUUCUUCUUCCACCUCUUCUGCUGACGAGGCCAUCCAACGCUUGACACAGCUAUUGGACCAACGUGACCAGGAAAACCGUGCAUUGAGAGAAGAAUAUAGUGACUUGAGAGAUGAGUUCUCAAGCUUCAAGACCCUGGUCAUGAGAGCGCUGCCUCAAACUUCAGACACUCCUUCCAUUACCCCUCCGACCCAGCCACGACCGUCCCUGUCACCCGCCGUCCCUCAUCAGCCCACACCAGUCCAGCCCACACCAGUCCAGCCAUCUACAGAUGACCAGGAGGAUGAACAUCUUUCUGAAGACUAUGUAGAUUUUUAGUUUCAUUUUGUUAUUGAUCAUAGUACAUUUAAAUGUUAUUAUG